AUGGAUGUUGAGCUCCUGAGAGCCAAGGUUCCUCCAAGCGGCUCUCACACUACAACGAGUCGGAAGCGGUCCCCCGAGUCCUCUCGAGUUCCUCCUCUUUCCCCCUCCAGCUACGCCUCGGAAGGGCGGCCGACCUCAGCGGCGCUCCUGGACUUCCAGAUGGCCACGGUGUCCUCGCCAGCCAUUGACAUCACCUACUUCCUGUACACGAGCCUGGACGAGAGGGCCAGGAGGGACCACCAGCAGGAACUCCUCUCCGCCUACUACGGCACCUUCGACGAGAUCCUCCGAGGGGGCGGAGUUGAGGUCCCCUUCUGCCUCGAGGAACUCCAGCAGGAGUGUCGUCGGAAGGUCGUCUUCGGGUGUCUAAUGGGCCUCAUCAUCCUGCCGGCGGCGCUGAACGAGGCUGAGGACUGCCUCGCUGAUCCUGACGCCCUCACGGAUGCCUCGGUGGACGACUACACGCGCCAGCAGAGAGAAAAUCUGAUGAGUCUGGGCUCCGGCAGCGCCCCCUUCAGGAACCGCUUCCUCGCCAUUUUCGAAGACUUGUUGGAGGCGGUUGUUCAGAAAGCUUCUUCGGAUCCUUAAGAUUUACUAAAGAAAUGUUGUUCAGAAUGUUUGUUUUUCUUUUUUUUUUAUCCGUAAGACUUACUUUUGCUUGUUCAGAAUCCUUCUUCGGAUCCUUAAGAUUUACAAAAAAAAAGUUUAUUCAAAAUG